AUGUCAAGUAAUAUUGAUCACAAAUCAAUCUGCAAUAUAUGUAAUAAACCUUUUAACGAUCCAAAAUGUUUUCCCUGUGAACACAUGUUUUGCAAAAUAUGUAUUAUACAAUGGUUUGAAAAGAAUAAUACAUUGUGUCCAAUAUGUCGACAGUCUGUUUCUAUGAAAGAUAUGACAGAUAUUGAUCCGAUUCUAUAUAAGAAGAUUAAUAAUACUCAUAAUGACAUUAACAAACAAUGUUUUAAAGUGAAUACACAUAAUUUAUUAUCAAAUAAUAAAUAUCCAUCAAAUGAACAACAAAAUCAAUUGUAUCAGCAAUCAUUAUCAAUACUUGUUUUUGAACCAUUCCGAUCUAUUUUUGCUGAAGUUUUUAAUAAAAAUCAACAAUUAAACGAAAAAACAUAUCAAUUAGAAAAAAAGUUUCAUCGAGAACAUGAAAUUUAUAUUAAAGAUCUUCAAGAUAUUAAUAAUCAUCUUUAUACAUUUGUUGAUCAAUAUAAUGAUCGAUUGAAUAAAGAUCAAAUUCAAAUUGAUGAAGUACGAAUUGAAAAUCAACAUUUGAACAAACAAAUUGACGAACAAAUAAUAAAAUAUAAUGAACUUCAAAGUGACAAUCAACAUCUUAACAAGAAAAUAAAUCAAAUUGAACAACAUUAUCAAAAUCAUGUUAAAGAACUUGAAAGUAAUAAUAAUCAUUUAAAUACAAGCGUCGAACAAUUGACAUAUCAAUUAAAUAAUACUAUAAUACAAAUAAAACGAAUUGAAGAUGAAUAUCAACAACAAAUCAAAGAAAUUAAUCAGUUUCAACAACAAGCUCAUGAACAACAACAGAUGAAAAUAAUAGAAUAUGAUGAUCGUUUGAAUUUAUAUAAAAUUCAAAAUGAACAACUUCAACAACAAAUUGAUACACAAAAUAUACAAUAUAAUGAACUUCAAAAUGAGAAUCGAAUUUUUAAAGAACAAAUCAAACAAUUCGAACAACAAGAUCAUCAAAUACAUAUUGAAAUACUUAAUGAUAAGAUUAUACAAUUGAACAAUAAAUUAAAUAAUUAUGAAAUUCAAAUAAAAGCAAUGGAAAAUGAAAAUACACAACUCAAAAUACAAAGUCAAAUUCAACAUGAAACUUAUAUAGAAAAAAUCAAUGAUACACUUAAUCAUCUUACUAAACAAUUAAAUAACAAUGAGAAACAAAUUCAAGAAUUACAAAGUGAAAAUCAAAAAUUUAAAAUACAAAUCGAUGAACAAAUGAGACAAUACAUUGAACUCUCAACGGAUAAUCAAUCUCUUAAAGAACAAGUACAACAACUCGAACAACAGUCUCAACAAAUUGAUCAGAUUCAAAAUAAACAAGUUGAAAAUUUUAAUAACCAUUCAAAUACAUUUAUCGAACCAUUCAACAAUCAUUUGGAUUAUCAUGAAAUUCAAACAAACCAAUUUCAUGAUGAGAAUAAACAAGAAUCUCCAUCUAACUUUAGGGAAAUAAAUCAUAUUGACGAUUGUCGUAGUUCAUGGUGUACACAAUUGAGUGAUCAAUCGAAAGAUGAUGAAAUGUUCGAAAACGAAUCUGAAGCUAGUGAUCAAAGUCAGAAAAAAGUAAGAAUUCGAUUCGAUGAACAUGAGAAUCAAACCGAAAUGGAUACUAAGUGUUUAAGAAGUAGAAGAAAGUUUGUACUAGAAUCAAAUCAAUAUCAAAACUUCAAACUUAAACAAAAAAUUCGACAACAAAAAAAUAAUUCACAAGUAUAUUUAAAAGGACAAAAGUUAAUUGAUCGAGAUAUGAAUAUAAUUAUUGAAGAAGCUAUUAUUAAAAAACAAUGUACAUGGCUCUAUUUAUCAUCAAAUAAAAUUACAUCAAUGUGUGUUUCGAUUUUAGCUGAGGCAUUAAAUAACAAUACAACAUUAGAACAAUUAUAUCUAUCCGAUAAUCAAGUUUGUGAUAAUGGUGUUUAUUCACUUAUUAAAAUACUUUCACUCAAUAAUAAUAUUCUCAAACGACUUAAUCUUACAAAAAAUGGAAUUACAGAAAUCGGUGCAAAAUAUCUUGCUGAAAUGCUUAAAACAAAUAAAAUAUUAACUCAUCUUAAUCUUGGAGAGAAUGAAAUAAAUGAUCAUGGAGUUCAAAUAUUGUCUGAUGCAAUUGAAAAUUAUAAUACAACAAUUCAAUCUUUGGAUAUUUCAUCGAAUAAAUUAUUAACGGAUGAAAGUAUCGAUUAUCUUCUUCAAAUGAUCAAAAAUAAUUCAUCAUUAAACAAACUUCAAAUAUAUAAUUGUAGUUUGUCUGAAAAAGGCAAACAAAAACUUAAAACAUCAGAACAAUUAAAGAAAAAUUUUAAAGUGUGUGUAAACAAUUUUUUCGUUUAA